AUGGCCCUGAUCGACCUCGGGCGAGGCGGCAGCCGCGGCGCGGGCGCGGGCGCGGGUGGCGCGCCGGCCAAGCCGCGGCUCGUGAUGCUCGUCGCCGACCCCUGCCGCGAGUCGACGGCGGCGAUGGAGUGGGCGCUCUCACACGCCAUUGUCGAGGGCGACGACAUCCUGCUCCUCCACGUCAACAUGCCCCACCCCCACAACGGCGCCGCCGGCGGGCACGUGCCCUCGCGCUCGUCGUCCGGCGGGAGCGCCGGCUUCCCGAUCGCGGCGUUCCUCGGCGGGGGCGGCGCCGGCGCCGGCGCCGGCGCGGACGGCGGUGGGGAUUUCAUGGAGGCGAUGCGCGGCGCGUGCAAGGCGCGGUACCCCCGCGCGCGGGUGCACGGGGAGCGCGUCGAGCCCGCCACGGAGGGCCGCGAGGCCAAGGCACAGACCAUCCUCGCCGAGUCCCAGCGCCGCCGCGUCGAGCUCCUCGUCAUCGGCCACCGCCGUGUCUCCUCGUUCCUCGGGUUGAGGAGCUCUAGUGGGUCGAGCCGCGGCCAUGACAGCACGGCGGAGUUCUUGAUCGAGCAUAGCAAGUGCCUGUGCGUGAGCGUGCAGAAGAAGGGCCAGAACGCCGGAUACCUGCUCAACACCAAGACCCACAAGAACUUCUGGCUCCUAGCAUGAGCAUACAUGUACUCGCUCCAUCUUCAAUUGAUGGUUCGGACUUGAUUUGUCUUCAAAUUAGAUA